AUGGGGAACACCCACCCAGAUCCACUACCGAUGCUACGCCCGUGCAAUCUAACCUAUUGUUCUCAGAUUUUAAGCUGCGCCUUGGUUGCGACCGUUUUCGCAGAUGUGUCGCACAUCUACAGGCCCCAUCAGUACACUUACCAACCGGUGCAACACUACAACCCAGUUCCGGUCCCCGUUCAAACCUACCACACUCAACAGCAAAUCCCGAUCCUCAGACAAGACCAGGACGUUCGUGAAGACGGUUCUUAUUCCUACAACUAUGAAACCGGAAACGGAAUCGCCGCUCAAGAACAAGCUUCGGUUCGUGCGGUAGGACAGGACCUCGCCAAGUCAGCCCAGGGUUCCUAUUCGUACACUUCUCCCGAGGGAGAACUGGUUCAGAUUUCUUACGUGGCUGAUGAAAACGGCUACCAAGCGGCCGGUUCCCACAUCCCGACUCCUCCACCAGUUCCGGCCGCCAUCCAAAGGGCUUUGGAUUGGAUCGCCGCCCAUCCACAACCCGCGAGUCAAACCUACAAUAACUACAACCAGUACCAACAACGCAGGUUCUUCUAAGAAGAUACUGUAGCUGCUUUUAUGAGUGUGAUUAUGUACAGAUUAAUAAAGUUGUAAAUUAAAUGAA